AUGGACUCAUAUUAUGAUCAGGCACACAUUCUCACAGCGCUUCAUCCGCGUACCCAACACGUUGUUCUCAUUGGAGACCACCAACAGCUGCGCCCGUCGACUGCGGUCUACCGUCUCUCAAAGCAGUUCCAUUUGGAUGUCUCUCUCUUCGAGAGGUUGAUCCACAAUGGAGCAAGCCAUGUCACGUUGCUUCAACAGAGGCGGAUGCAUCCAAAGAUUUCCAGAUUGAUCAAGCCGUACUAUCCCCAGCUCCGUGACCAUUCCAGCACAGAGAGGUAUCCUGAAAUUCGAGGAAUCAACGCGAGAAGCUAUUUCAUGACGCACUGUCAUUUUGAGGAUGAUGAAGGGGAGAGUCAUUCCCACUUGAACACCUUUGAGGCAAACUUUGUCAGUGCCUUGUGCGCUCACUUGGUCUCUUGCGGCUAUGAGGAGUCGCAGAUAACUGUCUUAUCGCCGUAUUUGGGGCAGGUGCGCCUUUUGAAAAAGAAGAUCCAGCGGGACCCAACAACUCAAAAGAUUGCAGUCACAGCUGUGGACAACUUCCAGGGUGAAGAAAAUGAUAUCAUCGUCAUAUCCCUCGUGAGAUCCAACAGGGCUCGACAAAUGGGUUUUCUUGCUGUUGAAAACCGCAUCAAUGUUGCUCUGACCCGAGCUCGUCAUGGCAUCUUCAUCGUUGGCAACGCAGACAUGUUGGAAAAGCACACAUUGUGGAGCCAAAUUCUCCAGGAAUUGAGAUCGGACCAGUGUUUCAGCGACGCCAUGCCAAUCGUGGAUCGAGAGCAGAAGGGUGUCUACGAGGUCAGAUCCGCGGACGAGAUCAGUGUAUUCUUAGAUUCAAAAGUGCAUGAAACAGGAGGAGAAGGGAUGGUCACAAUGGACGAGUACAAGCGAUCAUUGGAGGCAAAGAGAUCCAAAGGUGCUUCUCGCAGGGGCAAAGGAGAUCAAGCUGCGCGGCGGCCUGAUUCUGGCAAGGGAACGGCUUCGAGUUCAGAUUGGCGCGGAAGACCUCAUGACCACGCGCUCCGUUUCAAGCACGGUGGCAAGGCCUUCUGGGGUGAGCGUAGAUAG